UACAAUUCUCUGCCUUUGAACAAACUAAAAGAAAAAAAAAAUCUUAAAAUGGCAUCUUACCACACCCGUUCUUACAGUUUCCCCUCAAAAUCUCACCCAGUUUCUGAUGAAUUGGAUGCAAGUUUGUGCAGAUUGAGAUCGUCUCAAGCUGCCUCUACUUCAUCAGUAACCAACAAACUUACCGACCUUAAGGAUUUAUACAAGUGCGUCGAUGAGUUUCUUCAACUGCCUCUUAAUCAAAAAAACGUAUCUCAAACUCAAUGCGUUGAGGAGGUGUUGGAUGGAUCUCUAAGGCUUCUCGACAUUUGUAGCACAUCGAGGGAUGUUUUGGUACAGUCAAAGGAACGCCUCCAAGACAUUCAAUCAGUACUAAGAAGAAGGUGUAGCGGUGAACUUAACAUUACCAAUGAAGUCGCUGAAUACUUUAAAACACGAAAAACAUCCAAGAAGAUCAUCAAGAAGUGCUUGAAAGACAUCAAGGAAGUCGACAACACUAACGAGGCCACUGUCCUUACAGAAGUACAAGCAAUGACAAUCGAAGUCUUCAAGUCGAUGUUAUCCUACAUUGGUGGAUCACAAAAAAGUAGCUGGUCUUUCACAAAAAAGAAGGAAACAACAACAUCCACCAGUGAAUUUGAUGUUGUUGAUGCUACUUUGGAGUUGGUGAUCAGCCAAAAAAAGAAAGCAAAUGUUGAUAUGUCACAAUUAGUGAAACUAGAAUCCGAAAUUCAAGAAAUUGAUGAAGUCUUGGAAUGCUUGUUUAGGCAUCUGGUUAAAACAAGAGCAACUCUUCUCAAUGUCCUUAGCAACUAGAACAAAAAAAUUCAUUCUUGUACAGAAUUUUUGAAAUGUACAUGAAAGUUAUAUACAGAUACUACCUCCGUUCUCUUUUAGUUGCAACGUUUGACAAAUUGCACUAUUCAUGUUCUCUUAUUUGACCACAUUUAUUGAUUUAUAUGUUAAACAAAAUAUAGUCA